AUGUUAAAAAGUGAACCACAAAAGGAGCACUUACAGAGAACCCAUAAAGGACAAAAACCUUACCAGUGUACUACAUGUGGAAAUGCCUUUGCUACCAAAACUCUUCUCAAAUACCAUCAGAGAACCCACACUGGAGAAAAGCCUUACCAGUGUAGCACAUGUGGAAAGGAGUUUGCAAAAGGAUCUAACCUCAAAAUUCACCAGAGAAUCCAUACAGGUGAAAAACCUUACCAGUGUACUACGUGUGAAAAGGCCUUUGCAAAGUCAAGUCAUCUCAAAGAUCACCAGAGAACCCAUACUGGAGAAAAACCUUUUAAGUGUACCAUAUGUGGAAAGAACUUUACAGAGAAUGGUAGUCUCAGAAAACAUCAGAGAAUCCAUACAGGAGAAAAGCCUUACCAGUGUAGCACAUGUGGAAAGGCCUUUGCUACCCAAACUCUUCUCAAAUACCAUCAGAGAACCCACACUGGAGAAAAGCCUUACCAGUGUAGCACAUGUGGAAAGGAGUUUGCAAAAGGAUCUAAUCUCAAAAUUCACCAGAGAACCCAUACAGGUGAAAAACCUUACCAAUGUACUACAUGUGGAAAGGGCUUUGCAAGGUUAAGUCAUCUCAAAAAUCACCAGAGAAUCCAUACUGGAGAAAAGCCUUUUCAAUGUAGCAUAUGCGGAAAGAGCUUUACAGAGAAUGGUAGUCUCAGAAAACAUCAGAGAAUCCAUACCGGGGAAAAACCUUACCAGUGUAGCACAUGUGGAAUGGCCUUUGCCCGAAACAAACUUGGUCUCGAAGCACAUCAGCGAAUCCAUACUGGAGAAAAGCCUUACCAGUGCAACACAUGUGGAAAAGCCUUUAGACAAGAGCGUGUUCUCAAAAGUCAUCUGAGAGUCCAUAUGGGAGAAAACCCUCACCAGUGUACUACAUGUGGAAAGGCGUUUGCAGACAAUUAUAGACUCGUAACUCAUCAGAGAAUGCAUUCUGGAGAAAAGCCAUUUCAAUGCAGCAUAUGUGGAAAGACCUUUGCACAUAGCAGUAAUCUCAACAGCCAUCAGCGAACGCAUAGUGGAGAAAAACCUUACCAGUGCACCACAUGUGGGAAGACCUAUGCACAUAAAUGUUCUCUUGAAACCCACCAGAGAACCCAUACUGGAGAAAAGCCUUACCAGUGUAGCACAUGUGGAAAAGCCUUUGUACUGAAAUAUAAACUGGACACCCAUCUGAGAAUCCACACUGGAGAAAGGCUUUACCAGUGCAUCACAUGUGGAAAGGGCUUCAAGCAAAGUGGAGAUCUCAUAAGGCACCAGAGAACACACACCCGCAUACAUUCUCCCAUAGAAUCCUAAACUCCAAAAUGGAGACAUGGAACACCAGAGAUUCUCAAGUCUCAUACAAUCCCACAUUCACUCUCCUGUAAAGUAAUGUGAACUUAGUAUGGAAUUGGUUAUAUUUAGUUUUAUAUUCACUUGCCAAUUUAUUUAUUUUUUUUAAAACUUGAG